CCUGCUUCCUUCUGCUGGGCGACAUUUCCGGAGCGAAGGCGUCUGUGAAGAGGAGAAGAGUCGAGCGAGGCGAAGGCUGGAGCCCGCGGUUCCUCGGCUUCCGAGUCCCAGCAGUCACGGAAAUCAUGGCUACGGAUUGGCUUGGAAGCAUCGUCUCGAUCAGUUGUGGAGACAGCCUGGGAGUCUACCAGGGAAGAGUGUCUGCGGUGAACCAAGCUAGCCAGACAAUUUCACUCACACGGCCUUUUCAUAACGGAGUCAAAUGUUUGGUACCGGAGGUUACCUUCAGGGCUGGGGAUAUCACUGAGCUGAAGAUCCUGGAGAUUCCAGGCCUUGGAGAUAACGGACAAUGUGGAGACUUCCAGCAUCCCGACCUUGGCAUUCCUGCUCUCGAGUGUCUGGGUGGUGCCAGUCAGAACGGCACUGGCAAAUUGCUGAAGAAGCCUAGCAGUGCUCCGCAGAACAUCCCCAGGAGAACCGAUGUGAAGACUCAAGAGGUUGCUCUUUCUCCCCAGCUGCACCCCUGUUCUAAGAGCUACAUGGACCGGCACAUAGAAUCCUUGAACUCAUCCAAAAACUUCCGCCGCAGGCACAACUCGUGGUCGUCCAGUAGCCGUCAUCCCAACCAGGCGACCCCGAAAAAAAGCAGCAUGAAGAACGGCCAGAUGAAGAACAAGGACGACGAGUGCUUUGGGGACGACAUCGAAGAGAUUCUGGAUACCGAUUUCGACUUUGAGGGCAACCUGGCCCUCUUCGAUAAGGCCGCGGUGUUUGAGGAGAUCGAAACCUAUGAGAGGAAGAGCGGCACCCGCUCCCGAGGCACGCCCAGCGAGAAGGCGGCCGCCCGUUACCGCCACGACGAGAACAUCUUGGAGUCAGAGCCCAUCGUGUACAGACGGAUCACCGUUCCCCAGGCGAGCAAAGAGUUCUGCACCGAUUCUGGCUUGGUAGUCCCAAGCGUCUCUUACGAGCUACACAAAAAACUGCUUUCCGUGGCUGAGAAACACGGUUUGACUCUCGAACGGAGGUUGGAAAUGACAGGUGUGUGCGCCAGCCAGAUGGCUCUGAGUUUGCUCGGAGGACCCAACAGGCUGAACCCUAAAAACAUUCACCAGCGACCGACCGUGGCCUUGUUGUGUGGCCCUCACGUGAAAGGGGCCCAGGGGAUCAGCUGUGGUCGGCACCUCUCCAAUCACGACGUGGACGUCAUUCUGUUCCUCCCCAAUUUCGUCAAGAUGCUGGAAUCGAUCACCAACGAGCUGACGCUGUUCAGCAAGACGCAAGGGCAGCAGGUGUCCAGUAUUAAAGAUCUUCCAGAGACGCCUGUUGACUUAGUGAUCAACUGCUUAGAUUGCCACGAAAACGCUUUCCUGAGGGACCAGCCCUGGUACAAAGCUGCCGUAGACUGGGCCAACCAGAACAGAGCCCCCGUCCUCAGCUUGGACCCUCCCGUCAACGAAAUGGAACAAGAAAUCGACGCCAAGUGGUCUCUGGCCUUGGGGCUGCCGUUGUCGCUGGGCGAGAGGGCCGGCCGGCUGUACCUGUGCGACAUCGGCAUCCCGCAGAAAGUGUUCCAGGAGGUGGGCAUCAAUUACCACUCGCCUUUCGGCUGCAAAUUUGUCAUCCCUCUCCAUUCGACCUAAAGGGCGGGAAGCCCUGGACUAUCAUCCAGGAGAAGACAAAAGCUCCGGCUACCCAGUGGAUCCUGACCGUAUGAAACGUUUGUGGACGCCUUAAGGAGAAAUAUAUAUAUUUUUUUUGUAAACUUUCUGGGCCGUGUUUCUUCUCCAAAAGGAACACUGGCUCAACGAGUCAAGAGAAGCGCAAGGAUUUCCCCCUUGCUCCGAGCCAUCCGUGCACCUGUGCCAUUGCCCGGAGGAGUCUUCAAAGGCAGCUCACGUUGAUGGUGGGAAGAUGAGCAGAAGUGUCCUCUUACCCCGGGAGCCCCGCUUCGCUUUGGUUGCGUUACCAGACUCCUUGUGAUUUUUCUUUUAAACUUUUGGGGAUUUUUUGGGGUGGUUGUUUGUUUUUUCCCAGCACUAGUGUGGGCGAAAGGUUGCUUGGGUAGCGCCCUGGCCUUCCACGAUCACAGGGGAAACGAUCACGAUUUAUCUGGGUUCCCUCCUAGUGCUUGGAUCGUCCUUCUUUUCUUUCCACCUCAAGCGUUCUUGGACUUGCCAUGUUUGGGUUGCGAUCACGUGCUCCAUUCCAGGGCCGGCCCUCGUUCCUCUCUCCCCCCCCCCAUCCUCGGCUCCUGGCUUAACUAGCACUUGCUUCUCCUGUUGUGCUCGUUGAGUGAACGGUGCCACGCGGGUGUCGCAAGGACGCCUGGAGUGACGGAGGAACGGAUGGGAUCGUGCCAACGUUUAGGUCUCUACCGUAACUCGCGUCCUGCCAUCUGUGAAAAGCGUGCGCGGAUGAAUGGCUAUUCCUCGUGUGUGUGUGUGUGUGUGCGUGUGAGACUGUGUGCACAAGACCGAAAGAACUAGGCGCUUUGUUGGGCCCAUGCCGUUCCCAUUGGAUACAAAGGUCCAGGAAGGUUUUAAGCGCUUUGACUCGGGCACAGUGGUCUACUUCCCUUUAUAAGGACCGCACACCUGUGCUUGCAUGGAGCGAUAGAAUGGAUGUGAUGUCGUCAGGUAGUCCACCUUUAAGAGGCAAACUGGCUGGCCACAAUUGUGGUCCCGCACACUGAAAAGCCCAUGAGCCACCGUUUCCGCAGGCGCUGCUGUAGCGAUGCUUUGGUUCCUCUUCCGUUUCUCCCAUUUUUGUGGGGAAUUGUCUUAACAAUGCUCUGCGGGGAGCCGGUUCUUGCUAUGAGGAGGGGGGGGGGGCGCGUGUUCUUGCAGUCCUUGGGCGCCGUCUAGAUUUGGCGGGGGGGGGGGGGCUCCGUGUAUUGAUGAAGCGGGAAGCUUCAAGAAAGCCACCACCGCGCUCAGCCUUUUCUCGUCUCCAAAGAUGCCGUGCAGAAUUCUCAUGAAUCACAGUGAUUAAACUGCAGUAAAGCAGCUCGCUUGACAAGUCGUGUUCAUUUCCAUUCGCUCCCGACGCAGGAAACAAGUUGCUUUUUUCUCCCCAGAACCGUCAGCCCAGACUGAAUCCACACACUAAUUUAGGCUUAAUUUUUUUAAAAAUUUUUUUUACAAUCCUGUAAUCCCUUAACUUGGGGCAGAGUCAGGGCAACUGGAUGAUGCUGACCAUUUUACUGGCCGGAUGCCCUUCCUGAUGCCUAUGCGGAGUUUGCAGCAGAUUUUUUUUUUUCUUUGCACCCUAGGAGAGAAACAUCCGCCACUACCUAGGAUUGAACUCUUAACCUUCCGAGAGGGAGGCGAGCCCCUUCACCACUAGACCAUUCUCUAGGCUUAAAAUAAAUUUUUAAAAAAUAAUUACAAUUGGAGACGGGGGCAGAGAACUUAACACGCCCCGAUUCUUACUGUGGUGUUUACAGCAGUGCCAUGCAUAUAACUUCCAAUUUAAUGGAAGUUGUACAUCUUUUUUAAGAUCAAACCGCAAGCUUGGGUUGAAUUGAUACCAAGAUCUUCGGAUGGUUGUGCAAAUCCCUGAAAACCGGACCUUUUCCGUAAAUCAUCCCUAGGAAUUACGAAACAGGGCUGGUGUAAUAAUGCCUUAGUAGACAAUCAUUAUCAGCACUUUUCGGUAACUCAUUUCAAUUCAGGAUUUGUCAUAACGUGUCUAGUUUGGCAUUCAAACCAUACCUCUUAUCAAAUAUUCCAUUCAAAGCUGCUCAUCUUCAGAUAAAGUGUGUCUAAAUAUGUAAGCUAAGUCAGGCCUCAGAAGUCAGGUCCCAAAGGCAAUUUAUUAUAUGAAACGCAUUAAAUGUUUGAACUGGU